ACAUCAGCAUGUAAAACCAGCAGCCUCCGUGGGUUUAAGCUUCAGACGGUGCUGGCUCUCCCUGCGCACGUCUGCACUUUCUGCCCGUAACAUGGAAUCGCAGCUGGCAGUUCUGCUGCUUCUGGCCUUGGUGGUGGCUUCGUGGGGACAGGAGAGCUGCAGCUGCGCGAUGAAUAAGUGGACGCUGUGCACGCAGGACGAGUCCGGGACGUGCACCUGCACCCUGGUAGGUUCCGAUCGCAGGGUAAACUGCUCGACGCUGACUUCAAAGUGCUUGUUGAUGAAGGCAGAAAUGACCCGGCGCAAGGGCAAGCGCUUCCACAGCCCUCACGGUCAUUCUGUAGGGAACRAGGGCACUUACAGCCCCGACUGCGAGGACAGCGGCGUCUUCAAAGCCAGGCAGUGCGAUGAAAGCGACRCGUGCUGGUGCGUCGACAGUGCCGGGUUCAUAAGAACCGAGCAGGGGGACCAAAGCCUCCACUGCAGGGAACUGAUCAGGACGAGCUGGAUCUACCUGGAACUGAAACACAGGAGAAUACCCUGCACCUUUGGAGAUCGCCAAGUGGCAAAGGCCCUGGAGCACCUCUUUCUGAGCCGAUACAAACUGCACCCCAAGUACAUCGCGGGUGUCAAGUAUGAUGCCCCUUUCAUCCAGAUCCGCUUAAAUCAGAAUGACUUUCAGAAAUCUGACAGUGAUGUAGAUAUUGCUGAUGUAGCUUAUUACUUUGAGAAGGAUAUAAAAAACAACUCCGUAUUUCACGCUAACAAUAAAUUAAAUGUCUCUGUCGAUGGAAAAGCUCUGGAUUUUGAAAACAUACUGAUUUACUAUAUUGAUGAAAAGCCACCCCAGUUUUCCGCGAAACGUAUGAUUUCUGGCAUCACCGCUGUGGUGACAGCGGUGACACUGACCUUUGGGGUUACUCUGAUGCUCAUCCUGAGUUGGCRGUGGAUAAGACACUAUCCAAGAUUUGAGAUUUUAAGAAAUAGGUCAAGUGAAAAGAGCAACUUUACAGUUGCCUCAGUCUGAGAA